GACAUCACUUAUGGCUAAACUACAAAAGACAGUUUUUAUUCUGACAUUCUGAGUUGAGGGCUGGAGAAAUCUGGACUAAAAAAAAAAAUUUACUACCUGUUUGAAUUGUAUAGAAUUAGGACAAUCGGCAUCCUUGUAACAGAACUGUAACUGUGCCUUUUUGCCAGCUGAGGAUGGGGAAAACAGAAGACUCUGGGGUGGAGAGACCCAAAUGGGACAACAAGAUUCAGUACCUAUUAACAUGUAUUGGCUUUGCAGUGGGACUUGGAAAUGUGUGGCGUUUCCCCUACCUGUGCCAAAUCUACGGAGGAGGUGCAUUCCUCAUCCCCUACCUGAUAGCUCUGGUGUUUGAGGGCCUCCCCUUACUAUAUCUGGAACUGGCUAUAGGACAGAGGCUCCGUAUGGGCAGCAUCGGCGUCUGGAACUCCAUCUCACCGCUGCUGGGUGGAGUCGGAAUUGCCUCCAUGUUGGUGUCAUUCCUAGUGGGCAUUUUCUACAACACCAUCCUGGCCUGGGUGCUCUGGUACUUCUUUCACUCUUUCCAAAGCCCACUGCCAUGGAGCCAGUGUCCACUCAAUAAUAACCACACAGGAUAUAAUGUGGAGUGUGAGAAGAGCACUCCAGUGAAUUACUUCUGGUACCGUGAGACCCUGAACAUCACACCUGACAUCGAGACCAGCGGCUCCCUGCAGUGGUGGUUGGUCAUCUGUCUGGCCAGCGCCUGGUGUGUGGUCUUCAUCUGCUUCAUCAAAGGCAUCGAGUCCAUGGGAAAGGCUGUGUAUGUCACAGCCACAUUCCCUUACCUGGUACUGACUAUUUUCCUGAUCCGUGGCCUCACUCUGCCUGGAGCUACUGAUGGCCUGUUAUACCUCUUCACUCCUGAUUGGGAGAUACUGAAGAACCCUCAGGUGUGGCUGGACGCUGCCACCCAGAUCUUCUUCUCCCUCUCUGUGGCCUUCGGAGGUCUCAUAGCUUUCUCCAGCUACAAUGAAGAGAGAAACAACUGUGAGAGGGAUGCUGUUCUAGUAGGAGUAAUCAAUAGCGCGACAUCUCUCUACGCCUCGAUUCCUAUCUUCUCCAUCCUGGGAUUUAAGGCCAACAACGCCUUCAACUCCUGUGUAAAGGAAAACAUCUUGGCUAUAACCAACCACUUUGAGCUUGGAGACCAGAACGUAACAGUAGAGAACUAUGAUGACUGGUUUCAGUAUCUAAAUCAUACAUUUCCAGAUAAGGUGACCAGUUUGAACCUGAGGCUAUGUGACCUGCAAACAUUCCUUGACCAGAGUGCAUCUGGUACCGGCCUGGCUUUUAUAGUGUUCACUGAAGCAGUGAAGGAGAUGCCAGCCUCGCAGGUGUGGGCCAUAUUGUUCUUCGUCAUGCUCUUCAGCUUGGGCCUGUCCUCCAUGUUUGGAAACAUUGAGGGAGUCCUCACGCCCAUCAACGACCUCAAACUGGUGCCCAAUUGGAUCCCUAAAGAAGUUGUAACAGCAAUCAUCUGUUUGGUAGCCUUCUUGACGGCUCUCAUCUUCACUCUGGGUUCAGGGAACUACUGGGUGGAGGUCUUUAACGGCUACGUGGGCUCUGUGCCUCUGCUCAUCAUUGCAUUCUUUGAGAUUACUGGAGUCAUUUAUGUCUAUGGAAUGAAUAAUUUCAGUGAAGACAUCUAUUUCAUGAUUGGGUCGAGGCCCAACAUCUUCUGGAAGACGUGCUGGAGGGUGAUCAGCCCUUUAAUGCUCCUGGUGGUGUUGAUUGCAUACGUGGUCAUCCAGGCACAGACACACCCCACAUAUCCCACAUGGAACCCAGCUUAUGAACUAUUCCCCCAAACUGAAGUGAAGCCCUACCCAGACUGGGUGUUCGUCAUAAUUGUCCUCCUCUGUGUACUACCGGUGAUUUCAAUCCCUCUGGUGGCUCUCUACCAGCUGAUCUGCUGUACAAUCAUGCGACCCUCUGCUCGUACUGACCAAAAUACCUACUGCAAUGAUGCCUUUGAGGCUGAAAUACAGGAACAGAGAAAGCAGAGUGCUUAAGAAUUGCUCCAAGAAACAGUGUUACUGUGACCGUGAACAGAAAAGAACAUCCUGGUGGUUCUCACGGCUACUACUUUAUAUAAUAAAACUUUCCUAUUGAUUUUUGAUGAUUUAUCAAGACCUGAUCUGAUGUGUGACCUCUCACAUUUGUUUCCUUAAUAACAAAACUGGAUUUAUUUAACAGUGAAUGUCCUUUGUACAUUGUGUACAUGCCAUACUGAAACACACAACCAGUAUUUGAUUACACAUUUACAAAACCUUACAUUUGAACAUAAAUGUAGUCUUAACAUCAUUUGAUCUUAAGCUUCCUGCUGUUCAUUGAAAGAACUUUGAUUUCUGAUGGCUUUAUCAUAAGUGUACUACAUCAAACCUGAAAGCAAAUUAUCUAGUAAAAAAAACCCAUCUGACUUAUGCAUGUGAUGGCUGACAAUGUCGCUGUGAAUGCAAUUACUUAACAGUUAUUUUCCAAAUGAUGUCACUUCUUCUUUGUGGAAAACUACCACAAAGUAUAAAUCAAAGUCCAGAGAGACAAGCAGCUGUGGGAUGAGAUGGGGGUCUAGUACAGUAGCUGGAUGUUUUUCAAAAAUCCAUCUUUAUUGAUCUUGUGGUUGCAUCAUACGGGAGUGUUUAUGACCAGGGUUUAUCACUUAAAUGUUUUAUAUCUUGUUGACCCAGGACUGUUUUCUCUUACAACACUAUAACACACUGACAGAUCAGCUAAAUGGCUGAUUUCAACACAUUGCUCAUCUCACUUCCUCGAAACCUGAGGAUGCAGAAUAAAAAGUUUCAGUCAAUAUUUUCAGUUGCUUGUUAUAAAAAUAGACAAAACACGCAACAUGAACAUUUUAGAAAAUCUGAACUAAUACCUUUCAGCUGCUGAGGGUUUCUUGGUUGUGUUGGCAGCUGUGAUUAGGGCUUGAUGGUAGUCUACAUUUGGAUGGCCAAGAAGUCGACUGGGGUCCUGGGGUUAGUGGCCUGACGGACCCUGGCAAGCCUCAGAUCCCCCAGACGCUGCUCUAGACUGCGCUUCCCUAUCACGAGGAUGACAGCAGGUGAACUGUUAAAUUCAUCCAUCUGAAAGUUUUCCAACAUCUCUAAAACUGAAAUAAAAGGCGGCAAUAAAACUUGUCGUAUGUAAGAUCAUGGUGAAAUCCAUGGGGUAUCAAAAAGAAUUUGCCUUGCUGGCAAGAUGCAAAUAGAAUGUUUUCAUAUUGUUGAUUUUUUCAGUGUUUUCUGAGGGAGAAUAAGGGCUCAAUUUUCCUGCAGGCGCACAGUCAGCUGUAGCACAAGAUCACUCCUUAUGCAAGUUUUCUAGUGCAAAUGGAUAUUUGCAUCAAAAUACAACUUCAAAUGCAAUUAAGGAAAGAGCCUGUAAUGGGGCAGAAGAAUACCCGAGGCGUAUGUACAGUGUAAUAUCAUCUAUAUGUCACUGAGAGUAAUCCAGGGCCAUAGCAUUCUGCAGAAACGUCACUACUGGCAUUAGGUUUGACCAAUGAGUUUCCCCCAACAACUUGUAGAAUGCUGGAUCUUUUCGUGCUGUUGAUUAUGAAUACCUGUGGCCAUCAUGGCUCAAGAAUGGGGUUUGAGAGAGAAGCUGUGCCCAUUUUAUGCACAAAUAACUCAGCAGCGGUAUCCUCAAUUAUAAUUAAUACACCUCAGACACAAAGACACAGCAACGGGAUCUCUAGCCUAGGACAACCAUGGGUGAUAUCAACACCUUGCACCACCAGAAUCAUUUCGACUCUGAUGCUACAGGUUUCAUGGUCUCCACUCUUGAGCUAUUACCAUUAAAAUAGCUUUUGCACAAAGUUAAAGUGGAGGAUUUGCUGCUUUUCCAUGUCUUAAAUGAUUGUAAACUAAAUAUCUUUGAGUUCUGCACCUGAAGAUGUCAUCUUGGGCUGUGGAAACAGUUUAUAGACCCAACAUUUAACUGAAAACUUUUGAAUGGAGCCAUAAUUUACUUUUAAUUUGAUUUGUUUUUGUAUAAUAAUAAAUAUCUCUUUUA